UUAAGAUUCCCUGCUAAAAUCUAGUUCCCAAAAAAACCUACUUAAACUCUCGAUGGCAUCGUUUCAGCCACUUUUGUUCGCGACCAGGCCGUGGAGGAUUUGUCCGAUUGUUAGAAAGUGACACGACCAGGAAAGAUUUCAAUCACGGUGUUUCCGAGCGAACCAUCAAUUAUAAGAAACCCAGAUUCUAUAUUGAUUCUACCGAUAAAUUCGUCAGAGGGGGUCGAGAUAAUGGCCGAACACGGUGGGACACCAGCAGAUGAAGAAGAACAAGUAUGGAGCUGGGGAGCUGGCACAGACGGCCAAUUAGGGACGGACAAGUUACAAGACGAGCAUCUCCCUCAGCUUCUCUCGUUGAUUUCACUUCCUUCCAUAUCGAUGCUCGCCUGUGGCGGCGCUCACGUCAUCGCCUUGACUUCUGGUGGUAAGGUCUUUACAUGGGGAAGAGGAAGCUCUGGUCAGUUAGGACAUGGUGACAUUCUCAGCACCUCUUUGCCAAAGCCUGUAUCUUUCUUUGACGACUGUGUUAUAAUUCAAGCUGCAGCUGGAUGGAGUCAUUCUGGUUUUGUUUCAGAUUCUGGUUGUCUUUUUACAUGUGGCAAUGGCACAUUUGGUCAGCUUGGUCAUGGUGAUAAUAUGUCGCUAAGCACUCCAACUAAAGUCUCUUACUUUCUUGAUAAGAGUGUGAAGAUGGUAGCUUGCGGUAUGCGCCAUUCACUUGUCUUGUUCACAGGGAAUCAAGUGUGUGGAUUCGGAUCCGGAAAGCGCGGACAGUUAGGUUUCUCAUCAGACAGCACAAAGUCAGUAAAUCUUCCAUGUCUUGUCCCUGGAUUAAAAGAUGUUGAGGUUGUUCGUAUAUCAGCUAACGGAGAUCACAGUGCAGCUAUAUCUGCUGACGGUCAGUUGUUCAGUUGGGGAAGAGGAUUCUGCGGCAGUCCGGAUGUUCAAACCCCACAGUGUUUGCCUUCAUCUCUAUCUUUCAGAGUUGUUGCUUUAGGGUGGAAUCAUGCCUUACUACUAACCGUUGAUGGCGAGGUUUUCAAGCUUGGUAAUACCCUUAAUAAACAACAUGAGAAGCAAAAACUGCAUACAGAUUCCUCUGAAGCUCCCUUUGUGAAAGUUCCGUAUUUUGAUGGAGUAAAAGUUCUGAAAAUUUCAGCAGGUGCAGAGCAUUCUGCUGCAGUAACAGAAAAUGGAGAAGUUAAGACAUGGGGAUGGGGUGAACAUGGUCAGCUAGGCCUUGGAAACACCAGUGACCAGACCAACCCUCAACUGGUGAGCCUUGGAAGUACAUACCUGCAAACGAAAGAGAUAGAAGUAUAUUGUGGAAGUGGAUUUACUUAUGUAGUAAGGCGGAAACAAGAGCUUAAUUCUUCACCAACCUCAUCAUAGAAAUGGAUGUAUGACAUCUUAUGUGUGUAAAAUUGUACAAUGCAAGAAGCCAAUUGUUUACAUGAGUCUUGCGACUCUUGUCAGAAGAAAACAGUGGUCAUACUAGUACAAUAUACAAAUCUUUCUUA